AUGAAGCGCUCCUUACCGUCCACACGUCUGCGGCACGUUCUCAUCCUGAUCCACCUGUCUGUGCUAACCACAGACCUGUCCGUGCUAACCUCAGACCUGUCCGUGCUAACCGCAGACCUGUCUGUGCUAACCGCAGACCUGUCUGUGCUAACCGCAGACCUGUCUGUGCUAACCUCAGACCUGUCUGUGCUAACCGCAGACCUGUCUGUGCUAACCGCAGACCUGUCUGUGCUAACCACAGACCUGUCUGUGCUAACCACAGACCUGUCCGUGCUAACCGCAGACCUGUCCGUGCUAACCGCAGACCUGUCCGUGCUAACCGCAGACCUGUCCGUGCUAACCACAGACCUGUCUGUGCUAACCGCAGACCUGUCUGUGCUAACCGCAGACCUGUCUGUGCUAACCGCAGACCUGUCUGUGCUAACCGCAGACCUGUCUGUGCUAACCGCAAACCUGUCUGUGCUAACCGCAGACCUGUCUGUGCUAACCACAGACCUGUCUGUGCUAACCUCAGACCUGUCCGUGCUAACCACAGACCUGUCCGUGCUAACCACAGACCUGUCCGUGCUAACCGCAGACCUGUCCGUGCUAACCGCAGACCUGUCUGUGCUAACCGCAGACCUGUCUGUGCUAACCGCAGACCUGUCUGUGCUAACCUCAGACCUGUCUGUGCUAACCGCAGACCUGUCUGUGCUAACCGCAGACCUGUCUGUGCUAACCUCAGACCUGUCUGUGCUAACCGCAGACCUGUCCGUGCUAACCACAGACCUGUCCGUGCUAACCGCAGACCUGUCCGUGCUAACCGCAGACCUGUCCGUGCUAACCGCAGACCUGUCCGUGCUAACCGCAGACCUGUCCGUGCUAACCUCCGUGCUAACCACAGACCUGUCCGUGCUAACCACAGACCUGUCCGUGCUAACCGCAGACCUGUCCGUGCUAACCGCAGACCUGUCCGUGCUAACCACAGACCUGUCCGUGCUAACCGCAGACCUGUCCGUGCUAACCACAGACCUGUCCGUGCUAACCUCAGACCUGUCUGUGCUAACCUCAGACCUGUCUGUGCUAACCACAGACCUGUCCGUGCUAACCUCAGACCUGUCUGUGCUAACCGCAGACCUGUCCGUGCUAACCGCAGACCUGUCCGUGCUAACCGCAGACCUGUCCGUGCUAACCACAGACCUGUCCGUACUAACCUCAGACCUGUCCGUGCUAACCACAGACCUGUCCGUGCUAACCGCAGACCUGUCCGUGCUAACCACAGACCUGUCCGUGCUAACCGCAGACCUGUCCGUGCUAACCACAGACCUGUCCGUGCUAACCACAGACCUGUCUGUGCUAACCACAGACCUGUCCGUGCUAACCGCAGACCUGUCUGUGCUAACCACAGACCUGUCCGUGCUAACCACAGACCUGUCUGUGCUAACCACAGACCUGUCCGUGCUAACCGCAGACCUGUCCGUGCUAACCGCAGACCUGUCCGUGCUAACCGCAGACCUGUCCGUGCUAACCGCAGACCUGUCCGUGCUAACCGCAGACCUUGAUCUAAAGGGUCCUACUUCCUUCUGCACGACCCCCCUCCUCCCCCCUGAGCUUGGACCGACCCUCAUUAUGUCCUGUGGUGAUAUUCCUUUGGCCUGGUUCUGGUUUGUGGGCGCUCUGCAGUUUGCACAAGCCGAGGAUGAUCCUUUCACAUGUGGAAUUAGUCACUGGACACAUCUCUCCGUAAGCCCCCUGCACCACUGUGGCUCUGCUGGGGGUGGGGGGGGGCUGCACCACUGUGGCUCUGCUGGGGGGGUGGGGGGGGCUGCACCACUGUGGCUCUGCUGGGGGGGGUGGGGGGGGCUGCACCACUGUGGCUCUGCUGGGGGGGUGGGGGGGGCUGCACCACUGUGGCUCUGCUGGGGGGGUGGGGGGGGCUGCACCACUGUGGCUCUGCUGGGGGGGGGUGGGGGGGGGCUGCACCACUGUGGCUCUGCUGGGGGGGUGGGGGGGGCUGCACCACUGUGGCUCUGCUGGGGGUGGGGGGGGGGCUGCACCACUGUGGCUCUGCUGGGGGGGUGGGGGGGGCUGCACCACUGUGGCUCUGGGGGGGGGGGGGGGGGCUGCACCACUGUGGCUCUGCUGGGGGUGGGGGGGGGGGCUGCACCACUGUGGCUCUGCUGGGGGGGGGGGGGGCUGCACCACUGUGGCUCUGCUGGGGGUGGGGGGGGGCUGCACCACUGUGGCUCUGCUGGGGGUGGGGGGGGGGGCUGCACCACUGUGGCUCUGCUGGGGGGUGGGGGGGGGCUGCACCACUGUGGCUCUGCUGGGGGGGGGGGGGGGGCUGCACCACUGUGGCUCUGCUGGGGGGGGGGGGGGGGCUGCACCACUGUGGCUCUGCUGGGGGGUGGGGGGGGGGGGCUGCACCACUGUGGCUCUGCUGGGGGGGGGGGGGGCUGCACCACUGUGGCUCUGCUGGGGGGGGGGGGGGGCUGCACCACUGUGGCUCUGCUGGGGGGGGGGGGGGCUGCACCACUGUGGCUCUGCUGGGGGGGGGGGGGGGGCUGCACCACUGUGGCUCUGCUGGGGGUGGGGGGGGGGCUGCACCACUGUGGCUCUGCUGGGGGUGGGGGGGGGCUGCACCACUGUGGCUCUGCUGGGGGGGGGGGGGGGCUGCACCACUGUGGCUCUGCUGGGGGUGGGGGGGGGGGGCUGCACCACUGUGGCUCUGCUGGGGGUGGGGGGGGGCUGCACCACUGUGGCUCUGCUGGGGGGGUGGGGGGGGGCUGCACCACUGUGGGGCUGGGGGGGGGGGGGGGCUGCACCACUGUGGCUCUGCUGGGGGUGGGGGGGGGCUGCACCACUGUGGCUCUGCUGGGGGUGGGGGGGGGGGGCUGCACCACUGUGGCUCUGCUGGGGGUGGGGGGGGGCUGCACCACUGUGGCUCUGCUGGGGGUGGGGGGGGGCUGCACCACUGUGGCUCUGCUGGGGGGGGGGGGGGCUGGGGGUUUAUGUGCAGAAUAUACAAACUUUGGUUUGAGGACGUGUGUGACUGUGUCGGAGCUGAUAUGA